GACUAUGUCGACUGGACUAUCGCGCUGAUGCUGAUUAUCGUCGACUCCGCCCGCAGGCUUAUUACGUAAAAAUUUCCAACUCUGAUCGGUGAGCAACCGAUCACCAACCGACUUGCGACCGAUUGUCGACCGACUGAAAAAUUCGUAUUCGCUAACGCAGUUGGCAACCGGUUGCCCAACUGUCAUUGAAUGCAGUUUUUGCGACCGAAACAGCGCCACUGGCAAUCGAGUAGCAACUGGUGGAACUAAAGUGACAUACAUAUGAUGAUAAACAAUCGUUGUUCGUUGUGUUUAUAAAUCGAAAAAUAAAUAAAUACAUUGUGGGUCGUGAUUGUGAAUUUAAAAUUAACUAUGGGACCUAGUUUUGUUGAAAAUUCAACGCAAAUUAAUCCUAAUUUAGCUAAGGACAGUGUUGGGCUUGGAGGGAGAUCAAAGGAGACAAUUAAUAGAAAGUGGGACGAAUUAGCGAUAUGUCUGAAUACUCAUGGAUCUGGAGCUACAAAAAAUGGACAAUGCUGGAGAAGGGUGAGUUUAUGUUACAUUUCGUUAUUCAUCCUUUUUUCAUCGCUAAUUCAUAAUUUUUAUAAUUGUGCUGAAUCUUAUUUUUCAUUAUAAGAUUACAACCUUUUGCUAU